AUGAGAAUAUGAGAAUGAUUUAUGACCAUUAGAUUUUAAUGAAGGAGUAGGAUUAGAACAUCAUUUAAGUGAGUCAUGUGACAUUGUCAUGUGCCAUUUUCAUUAUCAUUGAACUCUUUCUCUCUCUUCCACUCUCUGCCGCCAAUUCUUCUUCUCCUUGUCUAUUUGUCUUCUAUCAGUGACUUCUACCAAAAUUUCUCGUCACCAUAUUCACAGUUCCGGCGGCCACCGACCUUUGUUUACUUCCUCAAACUGUUAGAUUGUUCCUCGGAACAAUUUUUAUGAGAUGGAUUCAGCCUCGCCGUCAAAAGAAUUCGAUGAUCUAGAAAAUGAUACGUCGGAGGAAUGGAUUCCUCCGUGCGGUAAUGAACUCAAACCUGUGAUUGGCAAGGUAUUUGAUACUUUAACAGAAGGAGUUGAUUUUUAUAAAAAUUAUGCACAUGCUGUUGGUUUUAGUGUGCGUAGUUCAUCUGAAAUUAAAGAAAAAGAUGGUGUCAAUGUCAGAUGGAAGUAUUUGGUUUGCUCAAAAGAGGGUUUUAAAGAGGAAAAAAAGAUUGACACUCCUGAAUUGCUUGUUACCGAAAAUAAUUUGUCUAAAAGUAGAAAAAGAAAAUUAACACGGCAGGGAUGUAAAGCAAAAAUUGUUUUCAAGAGAACUGAUGAGGGUAAAUAUGAAGUCUCAAAAUUUGAUGAAGGUCAUUCACAUGGACUAGUCACACCUACAAAGAAACAAUUCUUAAGGUCAGCAAGGAGUGUAAACGAUGUUCAUAAGAACCUAUGGCUUUCCUGCGAAAGAUCUAAUGUGGGGACUUCUAAAAGUUUUAAAAUAAUGAAGGAUCAGGUUGGGAGUUAUGAAAAUAUAGGAUGUACACAAAGAGAUUUGCAAAACUAUUCAAGACAUUUGAAAGAAUUGAUCAAAGACUCUGAUGCUGAUAUAUGA